AUGUCUGCAUCACAAUUACUCCAAGCUCGCAACGAGACAACUACCAGGCUCUAUGCAGACCCUCACAACCCCCACCUCCACCUUGAACGAGGCCUUCAGUAUGAAAAGCUGGGCUUCCCCGAUCUCGCCUCUGCAGAUGCAUACCGUGCGCUAGCACUGCUAGAGUCAGUGGUUGACCCAGAUGAGUGCGAGUUCCACGCCAAGCGGAAGGUAGACCCUUCUCAGCAGGCUCCUGAAGAAGCCGCGAAUGAAUCAGACGAUGAAGAUGAAGACGACAACACCGUACCCAUCACCCAAGAAGAAUACGAUGCCAUCAUCGACCAGGUAUACGUCCUUCUAGUACGCAGUCUCGUCCGCUGCGGUUGCUACCGCGAUGCAUUCGAGUUCGGCGUACGCGGGUUAGCCCUACUCGAAAAGAGAUCUGCAACGGCCUCAGUAGCUGCUUUGAACGUGCAGAUGGAUCGCGUGAAGCAAAUUUACAAAUCUCGUUCUGGUUCUGAAACCGAAAACAUCGACCUGGAUUCAAUCGACCCCAGUGUCCUCCCUGCACAAGGCUUCGCCCGUCGUGUCCUCUAUCCCUGGAACGAGCACGAGCCAGACCGCCGUUCACCAGAGACCCUCAACCUACUCAAUGAACGACUGGCAGUCAUUGCGCCGAAGUGUGAGGUCCGCGCAGUGGCCUUGCCAGUGCUGCAUGCCUCGGCAGACGACGGCUCUUCCAACAUGGACGUCUCCGUGCAACUCGGCCUCUUCGCAAAAGAAGAUAUCGCUCCAGAUGAGAUCAUCCUCCGUGAAUCUUCACUGCUCACAGCAACAAAUCGUCUCCACGACGAUCUCUGCGACGCAUGCAAUGCACCACUCCCAGAACUCCAAGCAUGUCACGACACAGCGCAGGAGGUGUACCACGGCGCGAUCUGCGGUCUCGAAGACGGUCUCGAUUCUAUCGGGAAGGAUGUCCCCGAUCCCAAGGAUAAGGCCGAUUACCUAUACCUUCUUCUGCUUGGCAGAGCGCUUGCGAUGUCUGCCACGCAGGAUAAGCACGCGCUCGAUCUACCUGAAGUGAAAUACAUCUGGGGUGAUUUCCACGAUUUCGAUAUUGAGUCUCUCCCUACGGAAGCAGAGGCGACGCCUGCUAUAGACGAUACCGCCACUCUGCCCUUCUCGUUCCAGCUCAAUGUCCUGCAGCCGGAGCGUUUCCUCGAUGAAAUGGGUCUGGAUCCAUACGCUGAGCUCUACCGCUACGAUACAUGGGUUCUGAACACGCUCUUUGCUAAGUUCCGUGGUACGGCGUCAGGUCGACUGUCGACUUGGGAUGGAGGCCCGGAGCUGUGCGCUGUUCAUCCGCUGUGGUGUCUUGCGAACCAUUCAUGCGAUCCUAAUGUGACUUGGGAAUGGAGUAGCGAGAUUAAUUUCCGCGCGCGGAGAGAUGAUGAGACGGCUGUUUGGUCGCGUGGGGUUGAGAUGAAAGAGCUUAGGCCUGGGGGUAUUGCUAAGGAUUCGGAGAUCUUGAAUCAUUAUUGUGAUAUUGGGUUGCCGGUUCAGAAGAGAAGAGAGUGGGCCUCUGGGGCUUUGGGUGGGACUUGUCUGUGUGAUAGGUGUGUUUGGGAGGCUGGGGAGGUUGAGUAG